AGAGAGAGAGAGAGAGAGAGAGAGAGAGAGAGAGAGAGAGAGAGAGAGAGAGAGAGAGGAGCGCUCUCAGAAACAGAAAGGUACACAGAGACGAGAGUGGACGACAGAAAGUAAGAGAAGGAGAAAGAGGACGGUGGCUCCAGAGCAUCUCCUGCGCACCUUUUCCCUCCUGCACGCUCACGGAUCUUAAAAAAACUCCACACUUUAUCUUCCUCGUGUUUGCUCCAGAGAGAGAUUACAACUUUUAUAAACUUUUCUUUUUUCCCUAUUUUUUUUUUUUUGGAGUUGACAGAGACGCGAUUCCUGGAAGACUUUUCGUUCAUUUCUCCCCUUCUCUCCAAACCAAGUCUUUCCAUCCCCCGAGAAGUUUUUAAAAAGUAAAGCCCUUGUUAGUUCCAGGGCUCGGUUUCUUCACUUUUUCCACGUGUCCCACGGUGUCCCAGCUCCUGACAUAAACGUGUCACCUAGAGAUUUUUUUUUUGCUUGCCUUCAAGUUUCAGACUCAUUUUAAGUCACUGAUCCACAAACGAGACCAAAAAUGAGAUUUCAAACAUCAGGACAGUGUCCAGUCUUGUGUGCGUCCUGUUCUAGAUGCUUAAAUCAUUAAAAAAGUGAGUUUUGAUGGUUUUCCACUUUACAAGCUGAGGUGUGAUACUGAAGACACAGGGAGCCGGGAAGCGCAGCUCACCUGUAGCAUCUCCUCCGCUCAGCUUUGAUUUGCACUUUUUUACGCACAAAAACGCCACUUUGUGACCAUUUGAAGAGAGAAAUCCAAUCUGUCUGAGAGAAAGAACCGCACUCCACACCGUUCAUUCAUUCUGAGAACAGCCGCCUCGGCUUUGGAGUGCGUAAAGGAGCUUUGCGCUUUUACGCAAAAAAAACCCAAACAAACUUUUUAACCUUCCCGGAGAUCCAGAUCUGAUAAUUUUUGCUUCCAAAGUUGAAAAAACCCUUUUCGCAGCUUUUUGAGAGUCAUCCAGAGCUCCAGAGAGACCGCCGGGCUCUCCAUCACCAUGCUGUUCGACACUUUCGACCUCGUCUCGGCUCUGGCCACUCUGGCCGCCUGCCUGGUGUCCAUGGCCCUGCUCCUCGCCGUGUCCCAGCAGCUGUGGCAGCUCCGGUGGACAGCCACGCGGGAUAAAAACUGCAAGCUGCCCAUGCCCAAAGGAUCCAUGGGCUUCCCGUUCAUCGGCGAGACCUGCCACUGGCUCCUGCAGGGUUCAGGCUUCCACGCGUCGCGGAGGCAGAAGUACGGCAACGUGUUCAAGACACACCUGCUGGGCCGCCCUCUGAUCCGGGUGACGGGCGCCGAGAACGUGCGCAAAGUGCUGAUGGGCGAGCACACGCUGGUGACGGUGGACUGGCCUCAGAGCACCGCCACGCUGCUGGGACCCAACUCGCUAGCCAACAGCAUCGGAGACAUCCACCGCAAGAGGAGGAAGGUGUUUGCCAAAGUGUUCAGCCAUGAGGCCUUGGAGUCCUACCUCCCCAAAAUCCAGCAGGUCAUCCAGGAAAGCCUCCGAGUAUGGAGCUCCAACCCUGAGCCCAUCAACGUCUACAGGGAGAGCCAGAGGUUGUCGUUCACCAUGGCGGUGAGGGUGCUGCUUGGGUUCAGGGUGUCAGAGGAGGAGAUGAGGCAUCUGUUCUCAACCUUCCAGGACUUUGUGGACAACCUGUUCAGCUUGCCUAUAGACCUGCCAUUUAGUGGCUACAGGAAGGGUAUCCGUGCACGGGACACCCUGCAGAAAAGCAUAGAGAAGGCCAUCAGGGAGAAGCCGCUGUGCUCCCAGGGGAAGGAUUACAGCGACGCGCUGGACGUCCUGAUGGAGAGCGCCAAAGAGAAUGGCACCGAGCUCACCAUGCAGGAACUGAAGGAGUCGACCAUUGAGCUGAUCUUUGCUGCUUUCGCCACCACGGCAAGCGCCAGCACUUCACUCAUCAUGCAGCUCCUCCGCCACCCUCCUGUCCUGGAGCGUUUGAGGGAGGAGCUAAGAGCCAGGGGUCUCCUCCACAAUGGCUGCCUCUGCCCCGAAGGAGAGUUGAGGCUGGACACCAUCGUGAGCCUCAAGUACCUGGACUGUGUCAUCAAGGAGGUGCUGAGACUCUUUACGCCUGUAUCAGGGGCCUACCGAACCGCCAUGCAGACCUUCGAACUUGACGGAGUUCAGAUUCCAAAAGGCUGGAGUGUGAUGUACAGUAUUCGGGACACCCACGACACCUCAGCUGUCUUCAAGGAUGUGGACGCCUUUGAUCCUGACCGCUUCAGCCAGGAGCGGGGAGAAGACAAAGAAGGACGCUUCCACUACCUGCCCUUUGGCGGUGGUGUCCGGUCCUGCCUGGGCAAGCAACUCGCCACCCUCUUCCUUCGCAUCCUGGCUAUCGAGCUAGCCAGCACCAGCCGUUUCGAGCUGGCCACCCGGAAUUUCCCCCGCGUGGUCACGGUACCUGUGGUCCACCCUGUCGACGGGCUGAAGGUCAAGUUCUACGGCUUGGACUCCAACCAGAACGAGAUCAUGGCCAAGUCGGAAGAGCUGCUGGGAGCGACUGUUUGAAAGGGCAGCGAGUUGUCGAGUAGGUGGGGGUUGAGUGAUCGAAAAAAUCUUUAGGGAGAAGAUUCAAGGAAGGAAAGAAAGAAUUUCAGAAUUAUUUUUUCUUCUCCACCUUUGCUCUGCCAAGUUGGAGGUUCCUUUUCAGACUAAAAGAAAAGCAGAAGUCUUCGUCUCUUGUUACAUCUGAUGACGAUCGGGACUUUCCUCUGAGAAAGGAAGAAGCUGCCAAAAAAAAGUUCUUAAUUAUGCUCUAUUCUGUGUAUUUUUUUAAAGAAAUAUACAAACAAAAUGUAUGUACAAAAAAAGCUAUGUAAUAUAAUUUGAAAGAGAAUGUGGGGGGGUGCACAAUGGAAGAAAGAGAAGUAUGGUGGUACUUUUGGUGAAAUGAAGUGCUGAAAUUAGAAAAGUCGGUUGCAGAAGGAAGGAAGAUGAGAUGGAUGAAACAGGGUAUAGGAUGAAAGAAUAUGAUAUUUAGUAUUUUGCUUGUGCUUAAUCAAAUGCAGUGAAACAUUUCAGUUGUCUAGCAGGGUAAAACAGAUAGAUAUAUUGACUGAUAGUUCUAGAUUUUCUGGUCUAAUUUGGUAAAUUUGGCACCACUUGGAUUUAACUUCCACUUAUUUGAAAAAAGAUUUAAAGAAUGGCAUACAUAAGUGGUGAAUUAGUGUCUUCCAACAAGGCUCCAUCAAGUUUCAAACUGUUUACUAGCUUCCGGAUGCAGUCAAAAGGAUCAUAGCCCAUUGGGUAGCAGGUUUUGGCACAGAUAGAUUGUGUUGCUGAGCUUGUCAGAUUGGCUCUGCACCAUUUUUCUGAGCCAACUGUAUCACGAUGCAGUAAAAUUUGACCUCAUUUCCUGUUUUUUUUCCCCACAAAGCUGCCUCUACACUUAAUGAACUUCAUUGAUUUUUAACUUUUCAUAUCGCUUCCAUUCAUGCAGUAGAAUAAGCUUCAGUUCUCAAAUGACCAACACGUCAAUAGAAAGGGCAUAAAGGGUAAGAACUGUAAAGCUUUAAUUCAAAUUAUCUUGUCUUUAUCUUUAGCGAAACUGCUUUCCUCUCCAGUCUCUGCGACCCACUGGUUGCCCAUGGACUCAAAAUGUUGCCCAUAGCAUAUCACAGUAAUCCUGGUGAUGUGUGAACUCAGGUGCCGGGUAGACAUUGUGGUGAAUAAGCCUUUCCUUUUUGAUAUUUAUCUCUGACUGCACAUGAAAAUGUCAUUUACUCAAUGUUGUAGUUUCAGAAUUGGACUGAUUACUUUUGGAAAAGCUGUCAAUCACUUUGCCUUCUGUCCAUAUAAACUAUAUCAUAUAUAAACUAUAUCAUCAUAUAAAAAUUAUCAGGGGUCUCCAAUAGGGCAUGACAAAAUACCUUCUGAAACCUUUUCGUAUCCAGUUUUGGGUGGUAGAAAUGGUUCCCAAAAGAUAAAAGUCACUGAAUCAAAGUUACUAAGUAAUUAGUCAAGGUCUGCUUUGUAAAUUCUCUGAACCUGUGCUUUGAUACAUAAACUACACUUUUAAGUUGCAUUGAGAUUGUUCUCUCUGGGACGGUGACUUUAUCCCGCAAUGAGGAUACGAAAAAAAAGAACUCGUGAAGCGGUGAGACUUCCUGAGCUGGAGGAGGAAAAAAAACAGAGGGAUAACGUGGAGAUGGAGAGGAGGAUACCUACAUAAAUGCUGCUUGAGUGUUGCUCUGUCAUUCUGUGUGUGUUUAUAUGUGUGCUGUUUUUGUUUUCCCGUCUCCCUGGGGCAGCCAUUUUUGAGUUGUGUAAAAGAGAAGGUGACUGUUUGUCUUGCUGCUCCUCCAAUCAACGCUAAGAAUGCAAAACAGUAUAAAUUCCAUGGUUUAAGCAACUUUAUUAGCUAUAAGAGAUUUAUUGUUUGAGUUGAUUGCACAAUCAGAACUCUCUUGUGUGUUCCGUAAUUGGAGAGAAAGACUUUGUUCUUAUUUUCCAUAUAUGGAGAGCUUCUGCGACGGAACUCCAGGACUUGUGAGCGGAACUCUUGGACAUUCUAGAAUCUCCGGAGAGAGUUCUAAGUUCCGAACCGAAGCUUGAGAGAGAGAAGGACCAAUGAGAUUUCACGGGAGGGCAGGGUCACGCUCAGAGGGCUUUUCUUAUUGGACAACGUUGUUGUCCGAUAGCAUUCCAGUUGGAUUCUGCCUGUGCUAGACAUUGUUCACUCUUUCUACCAACCACACCACUGAUUUCUUCAUGAUAAAAAAAAAAUAUAAAAAUAGAUUU